ACUGCUGUGGCACCUCCCUCAGAUGAGACUCGGACCUCAUAAUAUUUUGCUGGUAGUCGCCUCUUGUGCACACUCUCUGCUGUCUGCCCUGUCUGUGUGAGCCACAGACUUUGAUGCACAGACCCCACGGACCCUUCAUACCUGGGUGACUUUUCUUCAGCUGUCAUAGAAAAGGAGAAACAACAGAGGACAGGACAUGUCGGAGAAGUGGAGGAGAGGAAUCAAUGGAGUGUUGGCAUGGUGCUCUCUGCUGAUGCUGAUUCAUCUUACGCCUCAAGCAGGUAAGAGAAGCGAUUUUCCCGGACAGACAUUUCCUGAAAGACGCUCCAGAGUGUCGAAGGGAGUUAAGGCUGCGCAGGAGUUAUCAAGUGUGUUUGACAUGUUUAUCAAAAUAAAUGUCAAGUUAACAUUUGUCAAGAAUUGAUUGAUUAAACAUGACAUAAUUUGUUUCUAUAAGGUUGGUUAUUGCGGUGAGCCGGACUGAAUGAAUAGGCUUAGACCUUUAUUAGAGAUGUAAAACAUUUAACACGUUUUAUUUUAAUUAUUUUUAAAUUAUCAUAAAUGAUGGAUUUUUGUUUUUAAUAGUCAUGCAAAAACUACUCUUUAAAAUGUAUCUGCGAUGGUGUGGUUCACAUUUUGGAACUAUGAAUGGAAUACGGACCGUGCUCUCAUUGGUUCUCCGGUCUGAAGUGUAACCGAACAGCCAAUCAUGUCGUCCGUAAAGCCGGUUUUAAGUUUCAGGUGGGCGGGACUAAUGGGAAACUAGUGAGGAGGUAUCAGUGAGGAGGGGCGAGGCUACAACUUCACCGGGUUUUCAUCAUCAUCAUCUUUAUCCCUGUGCUGCAAAUGGAUCAGAGGAGUUUAUAUCUUUGUUAAAAAGAUGUAAGAUUAUUACAAAGAAAUUAAAGAGACCCAUCCAAGACUGUACAGACCCCCAUACUUUCAAAUUACUCCUAAAAACACACCUUUUAAAUUGACUUUUAACCUGUGAAUUGUUCUUAUAUUGUCUUUUCAUAUUGUGUCUUUUUAACCUUUUACAUCGUUGGUUUUAUUUCUCAAAAUUUUCUGUAUUUUAAAUUGUGCUUUUUUUCUGUAUAAAACGUCUCUAAGUACCUGUAAAAUCUAUUAUUAUCAUUAUUAUUAAAACCUAUAAUUAGGAGGGUAAUAUGUCAACUCUAUUGAAAUGAGAGGCCUAUUUGACACUGAAUUAAAAAAGUGAUCUAUCAAUAAACUUUAAAGUGGGAUUUAAAAAAAGAAGAAAAAAAACCACUCAUCUGUUUAAUUCAGUUUUGUUGUCUUUAAUGUUUCUUCAAAAGAUGUGCUCUAUAAUCUAAAAUCGCUACUCUUAGAUUUAUGGAGCCGGAGUCAAACUCAGUGGUUUCCACCUCAAACUGUUCCUUAGAGUUUCCUUUAACAGGAUCGGUGAACUCGGACCUUUUACCCUGUAAGGCCAACAAUGUGCAAAGAAUUAGGCCUCAGCCUCUUUUUUCAGCUGUUCCAGUAAUCCCCAAUAAUCUCUGCUCUCCUCAUGCAGCUUUACUGAUUAAAACCUUUUUUUUUUUUCCACUCACUUCCACUUGAGCUCACUUCCAGUCACUACAUGUACUCAUCCGUGUGUUAGUGGAAAGUCUCUUUGUGUAAUAGUCUGGCUUUGGUUAGUUUAAUGCAUUCAUUCUGUGUUUACAGCAGUCCUGAAAUGAGGCAUAACCAUGCUCUGCAGUAAAGACAAGUGAGAGGACAUACUGUAGGUCUACAUGGGAGUCUAAACUUUCUCUGCAGUGACUCACACAAACAUUACCAUACAGGAAAUUCUUGUAAAAUUAGAGGACUGAAGAUGUUCACUCUGCGUUUACCAGAGUCUGCCUCUGUAGAUCCGAAGGCUGCAGAGGAAAAUGCAGUGGUCUGGCAUGUCUGCAGAUGGUGACCUCAUUGUGUAGUCUCAAACUUGGACUCGUUUUCUCGACCCAAAGUCUUACAACUGUACUUCUAGGAUGUUGGAUUCAUGGUUGAUGAGGAACACGGUCUUGAUUUGGCCACAUUACUGUUUGGCAGUAUUAAUGAAUAAACACAGUAAACCCUUCUCAUUAAAGUACAGCAGAUUACUGAACUAGUGCAAACACAGUCACAGCAGAGACGCCUGCUUCUCUGGUCUACUUGAUGCGCAUGUAUCCUGGUUAUUAAUUAACUCUGCGCCGUAUGUUUGAGUAAAUAAACGCACCUCUUUCUAAAGGUUUCGCUGUACGUGUGCGAGUGCGGUACUGCAUUUACAAGCCAUGAAAUUACAAGAAUGCAUUGUCAGUGGACAAAGUCACGUGUGAUCACAAUGGAUGAUUGUUGUCAUGCAGUGUAGUGAUGACAGACGGCAUUUGUUCAACCAGUCCUCUCUGUCAGACUGUGUUUGUUCAGUAUCUUCAUUCAUUUGAGGCUGAUCUUAGCCACGGUCUAGUUUGUGUUUAUAGAAGUACUUUCAUAGCCUUUCAUGGUAGCGUAAUGGCUGAGUGAUUUCUUGGUUGUCAUGUUCACACUGUGGAUAUUUAUAGCUUUUGAGUGGUUCAGUUUGUCUGCAUUGAAGCGUUGUAUGCUCUGCAGACACUCUUCAAACAGUAUCUGCACCUGUAUUUGCAACUGCGGUUUGUGGUCUUCCAUCAGGCACUCAAGCCUCUAGUUCUUUUGCUGGUAUUGUUAAAGUGCAUUGGUAGUUUCAGAGCAGCUCUCAUGAGUACCUGACAGGGUUUCAAAAACAAUAAAACGGAGGUGAUUAUUGUCUAGAUUAGUUAAUUGUACUGAAAGAAUAUUUGUUGGCCUGUGCUCACCGAGUAUCCUAUCAGUAUCUUUAUAACAAAAACAUUUGACUGGAUAUUGAGGAUUUUGUAAUUAAACUUAUGAUGCCCAAGUUGAAACAGUGAGAUAUGAGCAUCCUCAUAAACUAAACUACACUUGAACUUUAAUCUAAAGACAGAGAGGGGACCUCCUCUUGCUGUGGGGGUAUUCCUGGGAGGCCCAUGACCCUCAUGUGGAGUCUGCAGGGAAGAUUAGCAGCCAAAAAUGCAAACACUGGAAGCUGGAAGGUCAGCGAGUGCCUGCUUUUGACCCACUUUUGCUUCUCCUUCUUCUAGAUAUGGAAGAGCUGCAGAGAAAGUCUUUAGAGUUUACUGUAAAUCAAUGACUGCAUACCUUGGGAGCAGCUGGAAACAGCUAUGGGAAUCCUGGAAUUUGGGUUGGCGUCAUGCCUUUCCACUCUUUCGAGUUUGUGUGUGGGAGCACUUGUAAUUUCCUUAGAAGCAUGUGGGGUGUAGGGGGGUUUCUAAAGAUCAGCCAACGUUAAAAACAAAAAAGAAAUUUCCAAGAAUAAUAUAAGUAAAGGUUACUCAAAUGUCACUCCUGUUUUUGGUUAGCAAAUUCUGAAAACAUUUGGGAGGUGACUUUUAGUGGUGAGCCCGGUAUUGAGAAAGCAUUGUCUUGUAAUUUUCAAAAUGAAUCACACCUGUUUCGUUUUUUUUUGUCACUCACCUUCACUUACUUCCUUGUGGUUGGUGUCCUUGGUGAUGAUGCAUUUAUGAGGAAUGUCUCUCAGGGACCAAUCAGCUCUUGGUGGUGCGAUUGUUUAACUCCUCCCUUCCAUUGUCUUAAAGGGAUAGUCUGUCAUACUUCCGGCCUGCAGGUCACAGGAGGGACAGUCAGAGCAGAGGUGAUGGAGGAUGACACGGUCAAAGUUGGUCUCACAUAUAUGUGUGUUGAUGUCCUCUUUGGUCUGACUGGAGCUUUCACUGAGGUGUGAGGGUUGUGACCACUGAGCCCAGGGUCAGACUCAGGCCUUACCACUUCAGACUUAAUCUUCAGACUUUGUAGUAAAGUCCUUGGCACAAUCAUGACAAAAAAAAAAAAAGGAGCGAGUCCUGUUUCAUACCUGAAAUGUGUCACGUCAACGAGAAUGGGUGUGUUUAGUUUAGUCAAGCUGGCAUUCCUUUAACUGCACUAUUAUUCAUAGGUUUGUGAUCCAACGUGGGUUGGUAGGAUACGAUAUGAUAGAAAAUCGUAGAUAUAAUACAAUAUGAUACAUUAUAAUGCAAGACUAAAUCUUAGAUGCAGAUAAUAUAUUUCUCAGGACAUUAAAAACAGACGUUCAAAAGAGUGAGAAAAAUGUCAUCCACAAUGAUUAACCAACAUCUAUCUUUUUUAUCUAUGAUCCUCCCACCCCAGUAUAGAGCGCACUCUUACAAAUGCAGAUUUCCUUUCUUUAUUUCAUAUUUCAACUUAAAUUCUAUGAUAAAUAUCAACUUUAAACUGCAGCAUCAAAUUCAACACCUAGGUGGGUUCGACUGAUCUGAAGCAGGGUUGUAGUCAUGACUAUAUGAGAGUGCCAUGUAAGAGCAAACAAAGACCACACUAUGUACUUAGUGACAAAAUGGACAGGCCUUCUCUGUCCAAAUAUUUACCAUUUGUCUCAUUUUAUCAUAUCUUGUUUCAACAUAAGUCCGGGAACCACACAGUGUCGUUAUCUUCAUUUAGUAGCCUCCUUGUUAGAGAAAAAGGCGCGGCUUUCAUACUGUCCCUUAUCAGAGAGGCGCUGCCCUUCAUUGACACUUUAUGUGUAAGUUUCAGUUAAAUUCUAACUUCGCACAGAUACGAGUGUACAUUGACACAAGCUCACGUUACUACAGCGUGUUCACAAGCAGCGAAGUGCAAACCGCACUGGAAAUGUUGAUCUAGCGGAUAGUUUAACAUCAUGUCAAGUUAAAAAUGAAACGAUUUCCUCCUUCACAGAUGCAGCCUUCACAUGCAGCUCCACUCAGCUCAAGUGUGGGAACGGGAGAUGUGUCACCCACAGGUGGAUUUGUGAUGGAACUGACGAUUGUGGUGAUGGAACAGACGAGCUCCCUGCAACCUGUGGUAAAUUACAUAAAAGUUAUAACUAAAGUGAUAUAAAUCUAAAUCCAACAAUCAAUUAUUUUGCGGUACAUGAUCGGCGCAGAAAAAGGUGUAUAAUUUUGAUAGAAUAUUAAAAUCUCACCUUUUUCUGUGAAUGAAUAUGAAUGUGUAAAAUCCAUUACACAAAAUCAACAUCAGUACCUCAGUGAAUCACUAUGGCAUUGAUUUAAAACAGUCAUGUCCAUGAGUUAAUGAUUUUUUAGUGUUAUAAUGUAUUCCUCCUGUAACCACAAGAUAUAACUUUAUAUAUAUUUAUAUAAUAAACCAAUUUAAGUCACACUGUCUGUUUCGACCCUCAGCAACCAAAAGAUGUCUGCAGACAGAGUUCAACUGUGGUGCUCCCAUGAACCAGUGUAUCCCCGGGUCCUGGCACUGUGACGGCAAGGCUGACUGCAGGAACGGGGCCGAUGAGAAAAACUGCAGUAAGUGUAUUUCCUGACAUAACUUUACUAUAUCUAUACUAUGACUAUAACCCAUAGAAGUCUGUUAAAGCUAAAUUAUAACUCAAAUAAAGCCAGACUCAAAAUUUAAACAAAAAAACAUAUAUAUCCAGAUGCUGAGUUUGUUGUGCUUGCAGGUAGUGCAAGUGCUAUCUGAUCUGUUGCACCUUUGUUCUAACGCCUCUCUACUCCCUCUCCUCUCUCUACAGCGGCCAAACAAUGCAAAACUGGCGAGUUUCAGUGUACCAGUGGUCAGUGUGUAUCCAUGAGCUUUGUUUGCGACGGUGACGAUGACUGUCCGGACGGCUCAGAUGAGGCCACCUGCUCGAAACCCACCUGUAGCUCUCGCUCCUUCCAGUGCAACAACUCAGUUUGUGUUCCAGCCCUGUGGCGCUGCGACGGGGAUGAGGACUGUCCGGAUGGGUCUGACGAGUGGCCGCAGAACUGUCAGGGGAGAAAACCUGUGAAGGCGGCAGUAACCUGCGGAGCUCAUGAGUUCCAGUGUACGAACGGCGAGUGUAUCCACGGCAGCUGGAGGUGUGAUGGAGGCGUGGACUGUCUGGAUCGAUCGGAUGAGGUCAACUGCAGUGAGUUGGCAUUCUAGUUGAUAAUAUUUAUUUUAAGCUAUUCUUACUUCAUCAGGAAAACCUUUCUCAACAGAUACACCUCCUCUGACUCAUAAUUUCUUCUCCUUUCACUGCUUCUCAUUUUUCUUGUUUUAAUCUUUUUUUUUUCUUUUUCCAGGUCUUGCCACUUGUGGUCCAGAUCAGUUUCAGUGUAAUGAUGGCAGUUGUAUCCAUGGCAGCCUCCAGUGCAACAGACAGCACGACUGCAGAGACCUAAGUGAUGAGAUUGGCUGCCAUACAGGUGACUCACACAGAGAUGAAUGCUCAUAUUUUUGUCCAAAAGACUCAUUAAAAAGUGUAAAAAAAAAACGUUUAGACUUUCGGUUUAAUUCACACCUCUCUAUUCCUCUCUGCAGAUAAUGUUUGUGAAGGCCCCACCAAGUUCAGGUGUAAAAAUGGGGAGUGUAUCAGCAUGGAAAAAGUAUGCAACAAUCAGAGAGACUGCAGGGACUGGUCUGAUGAACCUGUCAAAGAGUGUGGUGAGUUGAGUUUUAUUUUACCGGCCUCCAAGCAACCAAAAGUCAGAACAAAGAAGAGAGUCAGGGUUUGGGUAUAUAUACACGAAAGCUAACAACACCAUAGCUCGGAAAAUAUGAACAGGACAGCUAGCUAAGCAGCCUGGGGAGUUUGUGGUGUGAAAGAGAAGCUUUAACGUCAGUUUGAGCAGCUAUUAGGAAAAUGAAUGUCAAUGCUGUGUGUACUUGCGUCUCUACAGGCAACAACGAGUGUUUGACGAACAACGGCGGAUGUUCUCAAGUCUGCAAUGAUCUGAAGAUUGGUUACAACUGCUCCUGCCAGCCUGGUUACAGACUCGCAAAAGACAACAAAACCUGUGAAGGUGAGAGGAGCAAGUCAACAAAUUCAAUUAAAAAUGCUUCUCAGCAUUUAUGUUAUAUGUUUUCGAAUUACUUGAAUCAUAAAGAAAAGUCAUACUAUUUCUUUUUUCCCCUUGUGUUGCUCAUUCUGCAGACAUUGAUGAAUGUGCUGAGCCUGAUACUUGUAGUCAAAUCUGCAUUAAUCUGCCUGGAAGCUACAAGUGUGAUUGUGAGGAGGGUUACCAGAUCGACCCAAUGACCGAGACUUGCAAGGCUGAAUCAGGUAAGGUUAAAAAAAAAGUCUUAUGCUGCAUUCGAGUUACCUCGGAAAUCAGAUGUCAGAGCAGAAAAUGUCGUCACACCCGAGUUAGCAGCGUUUCAGUUAACAAGUUGGAAAAAAGCAAAAUCGGAGGCGGGAACAAGAUGGCUACAUCUACGAAAGUUACUUUAGCGCUUGCCUUUCCCCUGUUAUAUUCGCAAAAGGCAAGCACUAAAAUAACGUAGAUGUAGCCAUCUUGUUUCCGCCUCCGAUUUGGCUUUUUGUUGACAUGGUAACUGACAUCGCACCCAAGUUACCAGCGUCUCAGUUACCAAAUAAGAAAAAAGCAAAAUCGGAGGCAGAAACAAGGUGGCUACAUCUACGAAAGUUACUUUAGUGCUUGCUUUUUCCUUGUUGUAUUCGAACAAAGCAAGUGCUAAAAUAACGUAGAUGUCGCCAUUUUGUUUCUGCCUCCGAUUUUGCUUUUUCCCGUCUUGGUAACUGAAACGCCGGUAACUUGGGUGUGACGUCAUUUUCCGAUAUCUGACUUCCGAGGUAACUUAAAUGCAGCAUUACUCAAUGCCUGACUCGCUAGCUGACAUAUACUUUGAUUAGCAGGAGGACAUAUACACAGUGAUUUAUGUUCUGUCAUCUUUGUCUUAAAGGCACAGUCCCCACCCUUUACUUCACAAACAGACAUGAAGUGAGAAAGAUGACAGUAGACCGGAGUGAAUAUGUCCGUCUGAUCCCCCAGCUGAAGAAUGCAGUGGCUCUGGACAUAGAUGUGCCCAGCAAUACGAUCUUCUGGUCUGAUCUGUCCUUGAAAAAAAUCUACAGGUUAGAAACUCCAGAAACCUCCUGUUUAUUUAUUUUCUUUGAUUAAACUGCAGCAGCGAGUAGACUGGAGUACCCAAGCCAUACUCAAAACUCUCCUCUCUCGCCUGCGACCCAACAGCUCCAAGCUAGACGUGGCUGGUGAUUCCUCUCACCACACUGUAGUGAUUGGCAGUGGGAUUGAGGCACCAGAGGGCAUUGCAGUGGAUUGGAUCCAUGGCAACAUCUACUGGACUGACAGCAAUUUGCGGACAAUCUCUGUGGCGACAACAGAUGGCAGCAGGAGGAAAACUUUGAUCACAGAAAACCUGGACAAGCCGCGAGCCAUCACAGUCGACCCCGUGAAAAAGUGAGUACAAACACAAACUGGUUCAUGAUUUGUUGUUUUGAUUUUGGGAUUCAAUGUUUAUCAUCUUUGGCUCAAUAUUUUUUUUCCUGUGUCCUUUUUAGCGUCAUGUACUGGACAGACUGGGGUGAUGACGCCAGGAUAGAGAGGAGCGGGCUGAAUGGAGCAGAUCGCACUGUCCUGGUGACAGAUGGCAUUGUGUGGCCCAACGGCAUCACCCUUGGUAGGCAUUGGCGGACUGGCUGCAAACCACUAACUUCCAUUCAAAGUGUAUUAUCCAGCAAUUUUUCAGUUAUAUGGCCAGUCAAAUACAUCCGUCUUUGUGUGUUUUCCUUCACAGACAUGGCUAACCAGCGUCUGUACUGGGUGGACUCAAAGUUGCACACGCUGUCCAGCAUUGAUGUGAAUGGGGGAACUCGACACAAUCUCAUUUAUAGUGCAGAAACACUCUCCCACCCCGUCUCUCUGGCUGUGUUUGAGGUGAGUAAUGAAGCCACAACAUGUCACAACAUGACAGUGAAGUCAUUGGCGGUUAUUGAAGGUUUUACGGGAAAGUUGAAUUGGACAUUUACGUAAUCGUAAUGGAGACUAUGACCCCCCGACCAGUCAAACCAGUUCAUGUGUUGUGAGAGUCAUACAGCUAAAAUGGUUUAUAUGAAUAAAUAGCUGAGUCUGCACUUUAUUCUAGUGCUAAUUCUUGAUUCUAAGCUGGACUUUAAUUAAUCUGCUUGAGUUGCAGAGACCGUGUGCAAAUGACACAUUUUUAAAACAGAAGGAUGUUGUUAAUCAAAUGUUGUUUCUCUUUUUAACAGGAGAAAGUGUUUUGGACAGAGCUGAUGACCAGCGCUGUGUAUAGUGCCAACCGUCUGACUGGGACAGACAUUACCAAGCUGGCAAUGGACCUGGUCCAGCCAGAGGACAUCGUACUGUACCAUCACCUCAAGCAGCCCAGUGGUACAGAAACAUCGCUCAUUCUUAAAAGCUGAUCUUUUUUUUUUAAGGAUUUCUAAUGUUUGUGUACACUUUUUGCUCCUUCAGGUACAAACUGGUGCAGAGAGAAAAACAACAUCAAUGGAGGUUGUGAGUUUCUGUGCCUACCUGCCCCUGUGAUCAACCAGCACUCCCCCAAAUUCACUUGUGCCUGUCCUGAUAACACAACCAUGGCGUCCGACAUGAAGACGUGUGUGACUGGUAGGUGUCCUCUGCAUGUUGAAAACCAACCAAACAAAAAUUUAUUGCAUUGAAUAUUCAAUAAAUAAUGCAGCGUCUGAUUUUAAUAUUUAUGUUCCCCACAGCCACAGCUGCCCCUCCUGCUGAGAAAAAGACUGUCGCGCCCAUCCCAACCGAAGCUCCAACAAAGGCUCCCAAGCCUGUUCAGCCUCUCCCUACUACAACUCCAAGUACCGCCCCAGCAACCCAACCCAAACAGAGUACUCAACAACCUGCUGCCACCGCUCAAGGUAUGAGAAGAGGUUUUGAAAAACUGCUGAACAAACACUGUGUUUGCUUAUUCAGUUAUUUUGGGAUCAAACACUUUCUUCGAUACCAAAACCUUGACUUUUCUGGUCAAACAUUUAAUUUUUUUAAUCCUUUAACAUUACACCAGCGUUAUAUUGUACAACAGAGGACUGGGGCUACAUGGAGGAAUUAAAACCAAGGGAACUUCAGAGAGUAAAGAUGCUAAAUUUAGUAAAUCAUGUCAUUAUGUUACAAGAAUUAGGUUGUAAAUUUAGAAGAUUUUAGGCUUAAUCUUAUGAUGAAGUUUGAAUUCAUGUGAAAGAAAUCCUUAUCAGGGGAUUUGAUUAAUUCAUAAUUACAAUAACAUGGAAGGAUAUAAGAAGAGCCGUGCCAAAAUAAGAAUCAUCAUGUGAGGGGGUUGCAGACGUCUGCUCAGACUGCACUUCCUCAAAAUACAUUCAGCAUUUUUGCACCGUCAUUUCCAAGUCCAGAUACUGUUGAUAACAAGCUGCUGACCUCAAAGACUGAGUAUUUGGUACUUUAUGAAAUCUGUAUUAAAAAGCAACUUUUGAAAAAUGCUCCACAUUCCUAAUUUCAAUGCAGGCAACCUUCAUCUUGUAAAAUAAUAACCGUAUUCUCGUACAGUUUUGACUUUAUUCUCAUGGUAGUGGAUCCUAUUCUUCUAAAACCACAACCUUAUUCUUGUGAAUUUAGGACUUUAUCAUCAAAACCUGUUUUUUUCUUCAUGUUGUGCCAAUCCUCUGUUGUUAUAUUAAAACAUUGGUUGUGUGAAAAUGCAUGUUGACAUUAGCAACAUAGACUCACUAGCUGGGCUGUAAUCAACCUAAGAAAUUCUUGAUUGACUAAAACCCUGAAAUUUUCGACCAAAAAUCAACUAAUAGGAGGAGGUAUUUUUAGACUUUGAUGGCAAACCCUUCUGUGGCGGGGGACGACGCGGCUUGGCGGGGUGAAAAUAUACUGAUAUCAGCACAAUAAGACAAUUAAACACGGUGAAAGUUGAAACAGUCAUCUUACUGUCUACAGCGGGUGGGUUGGGCGAAUUCAAAAUGGUGAAAACAAGGGGGGUGUUCUGAGAUAGGCUGUUACCUGUGAGACGGGGGUGCUCUGAAAACACCCCCAUUAGCACUUUGCUAAUCAACUCUAAAUCAACCAUAGACUGUAAACUGACGCGGAAAAAAUUCGAGUCGACCCAGGGCGUAGGACUUUACAGCCUUACUCAGCAGUGUCGCUUAAACCUGUGAUAAGUGAUUUUUUCCUCACCGGUUUAUCUGAUCACUUGUUGGUUAGCUUACUUGCAGUUGAUUCUCUUUUGUGGCGUCCUGUUGUUUGUCUUAAAUUGAGUAAUUCUAGAAGAUAAUGUACUGAUCAUCGAUAUAUAUAUUUCCUUUACUCCUUCAGGUAACAAAUUAGCAGCCUUGCCUGAGGAAGCUCCAUCAUCCCACCCUAUGGCUCUCUACGUUGUGUUGCCAAUAAGUAAGUUUCAGCUCUUCUGGGCUCAAUAUACCCACGCAUACAGAGCUCUUUGAAAUAAAAACACUUGACCUCCACCUUCUCUUCACCCUGCAGUGAUGCUGUGUCUGCUGGUCUUUGGAGCGGUUUUACUUUGGAGACACUGGCGUCUGAAGAACACCAACACUAUUCACUUUGACAACCCUGUGUAUCAGAAAACCACCGAGGACGAGCUGCACAUCCGCAGAAACAGCUCCGAUGGCUACGUUUAUCCUCAGGUACCUUAAUACCAAGAAACUUUGCUCAGAACCAAACAUGGUGUCUGAAACAGUAUCACUUAUUCAUUCGAUGUUAUUUGCUUUGAUUGCAGAGGCAAAUGCUGAGCAUGGAGGACAUGGAUGUUGCAUGACCAGAAGAUGAAGGAGACACUAUCUUUAUUUUGAAGUGAUUUUUCAAUGCAAACUUGAAGCGACAAAGGCCCUUUUUUUCCCCUCUGCUGCUGCUGCUGCUUAACAGCCCCUCCUCUCCCUGCAGUGACCUUAUUCUGUACCGUCCAUGUCUGAAGAAAGAUCUAGAAAAAAAUGGAAGAUCUCUGAAACUUCAGGAUGACAAAGUAACGGCAGGAAGCCUCGUGGUCUGCUUUUGAAAUGAAGGAGUGCUUUACCAUUUCUGAAGAUGAUGUUCCUUAUUCUGGAGCCAUGACUCUCUGCAAGCUAUAGCUGAAAAUGAUCCUCACACUUAACAAGAGGCCACCAACAUACAUUCUCUUAAUGUUAAUCACUUCAUCACGUAUGACAAGAGCGCGAUGUUCUGCGAGUGUUACUGGAAAAACCUGUUCUCACCGUCAUAAGACUCACUUGUGCCUUCCAACCACAAUCUAAAAAAAGAUCUAGAUGCCUUACCGACCCCUCAACCUUCAAAGCUUCAGUGGCUGCAGAUAGUUCUAGCUGUGCUUACUGUCGUCCAUCAUAGUCAGUCUGAAUUGUUGAUCACACUUAAAUCAGUGCUCGUACACUCAAACAGGUUAUAUGUCGGGGGGUGGAGAGUCACAGAUGGUUUACAUUAUAAGUGAGAAACGCUGCUGAGUUUUCUAAAGUCAACCAAAUGAAGAAAAUGUUCUUUUGAAAAAAAAAGAAGUCAACAAGUCUUGUAAAUGUGACUGUAGCUAAUUACUUAUAAAACACUGUAAAUAGUUCCUGUAAAUACUUUGUAAAACACUCGUAUGUUCAGUCUGGAGUUUCAUAUUUACGUUUGUAAAUUUAAGUUGACAAUUAUUGUAAAUACGUCAAAGAUUCCUUUAUUUAUUUAUGGAGAUAUCUGAAAGAAGGUUAUUGAUGAUUGUCAUCUAAAUCUAAGUAAGGUAUUGCUGCAGACAAAUAUCUGCUACAGUGAUUUCUUGUCGUAGCAAAAGCUGUUGUCGUUGUGCAGUUGUUAUUUAUCUGUCGUUCAAUCAAACCUUUAGACAUCUGCUCAGACUCGUGUGUUGACGGUACUGCAGAGCAACCGAAGAUGCUGUCUUUGUUCCAUACACUUUUGCUUUAGUGAUCAAUCACGUAAUUUAUUUUGCUGUUGCCUUUUCUUUGGAAGGAUUCCUUGUUUUCACUGUGAAAUAAAGGCACAUACCGAGGUGUUUGAAGCAGGAUAUUCUCUUCAUAGCAAACUGUAUUUAUAGUCCAGGAUCGAUGCACGGGAGCCUGCUUGACAAUGUACAUCGCCUUGUUUGUCAUUGGUUGUGUUUUUCUUUUUCUUUUUUUUUUAAUAAAACAAGAAUCUUAUCUUUUUACUUUA